GGAGCACUGCCAAAUCAGUGUGUGAUCAGGUCAACUCGACGAGGAAGGAACACCGGGCUGGCAACAAUUGCAGUACUACCGUAAUUGCAAGUAAGAAUGGGAAGAAGCCGGAAAGCCUGGGUAUUCCCCAGUGCAGAAUCAAGCGACUUGUGCAUCAUUUGUCAGAUCUUGGUGUAAGUCGGCACCAACCCGAUCACCAUGGACGAAAUAUCGACAAAUUCAACUGAGGGGUAUUCUCAAGGCACUGGUACUCACAGCCAAGAUUCAUCUGGUGCCUCUUCUGUCAACUACGACGCGGUCAAUGUCGUCGCUGUCGCUGGCAAUGGUGCCCUCGACCGAAUCGAGUCGCUUCUCGAAGCAAUUGUUGAUGCUGUCACGACCGGAAACGAAAUCCUGAUUCCCUACAGAACUGUCCGAGCAUCACGCCCCGGGCGCUCACAAGGCCCGCCAGCGGCGCGCCAAGCUGGUGUGGUGAGAUUCCCAGGUCGUACCAUCCAGGAAGCGAAGAAAUUUGAAGCCUUACUAUGCAUCAUUGAGCUUUCCCACGAGGCUUUACUGUCGGGAAUGUUGAUCACCAAGAGAAACAUAUACUACCAAAGUCCAGAUCUUUUCGGCUCGCAAGCUGCAGUUGAUGUCAUGGUGGACAAUCUUGCUUUCACCCUCGGUGUCGGCCGAGGCGAUUUGAACAUUGUUGCGACAGCCAAAGGCCUUAUUUCAGGCCCCAUCAUGUUGAUCAGUCGAGACGGUUCCGUCAUUGACUGUGGGCUCUCUCAUAGUACCGGUAUUCUUUUGCCAUCCACAAGCGAGAUCCGGAGCAUUGGCUUUCAUGAGGUCCAGUGGAUUUUGGUGAUUGAGAAAGAGGCAACUUUCCGAACUCUUGCUGCAGCUCAAUAUGCAAAGAACUCCCGAGCAGGUCACGGAAUCCUCAUCACGGCCAAAGGAUUCCCUGACUUGGCCACCCGAAGGUUCCUGUCUGUUGUACAUUCCAUGCGGCCGAGUCUAGUGAUUUUUGGUCUCGCAGACUUUGACCCUGACGGUAUUUCCAUUGUCCGAACAUACCAGAAUGGCAGUAGACGCCUAGAGCAUGAGAACGAGGCAACUGUCCCCUCGCUCUGCUGGCUUGGGAUUAAGAGUCGCGAUCUCCUCUCUUCAUGGCAAAGUCCAGCAGUUGACGAUGAGGAGGACCAAGAAUUAUAUGGAACCACAGGCGGGGAAUCUCCUCAAUUGGUGGAAAACUCCGAUCAUCAGCGGCCGGCAAAAAGACCCAGGCUGUCAGAUUUUCGAAAUCCAAGCGACAAAGUGUCCUCUCUCACUUUGAGGGACCGAAAGAAAGCUGGCGAUAUCCUGAGGGCCAUUUCCUCUGUCGAGCUGCCCUCCGGCGGCGGGUUGGAACAUGCACAGGAACUACAGCGCAUGCUGAUGUUGAACAUCAAAGCUGAGAUACAGGCUGUGGACAGUUAUGGGGAUCUGAGUACCUGGUUGGAUGACAAUCUCUACGCGAGAAUGCACGCGGACUAG